AUGGCAGACAUAGCCACCCCCCGCGAUGGACGCUACGAGCUCCAUAGCCCGACGGCGAUGCCAGCCGCCGCCGGCUUCCUCUGGAACCAGCGGAUGAUGAUCCAAGCCACCUGCCGCGGCUACGCCACCGCGCAGUUUAUGCAGCCCGAGCCCGCAAAGUAUUCAUACGCCCCUAAUGUCGAGGCCAAAACCUUCAUGCAACCGGAGCAGAACUACUACGUCCACCACCCCGGCCGCUUCGCUUAUGUGCGUGACGACGACUCGGGAGCCGUGUUUUCUGCCCCCUACGAGCCCGUCCGCGCCAACCUGGACAAGUUCGUCUUCUCCGUCGGCAAGAGCGAUAUCCGCUGGCGCGCCGAAGCGGGUGGCGUCCGUGUCGACAUGGAGCUCAUCCUGCCGACCCACGACGUCGCGGAGUUGUGGACUGUACGCGUCACAAACCUCUCCGGCAAGCCUCGGCGCCUCAGCAUCUUCCCCCACUUCACCAUCGGCUACAUGUCGUGGAUGAACCAGUCGGCCAGCUGGAGGCCAGAGCUCUGUGGCAUCAUCGGCAAGUGCGUCACUCCCUACCAGAAGGCCGCGGACUGGUUCAAGAACAAGCAUAUCAAGGACCGCACCUACUUUCUCUGCGAGAAGGAGCCCCUCGCCUGGGAGGCCCGGCAUUCGGCCUUCGAGGGAGAGGGAGGCCUGCAUGCGCCUUCGGCGCUGCGCACGCCGACGCUUUCCAACAGCGAUGCCGACUACGAGACGCCGACCGCUGUAGUACAGUACCGCGAGGAGAUGGCGCCGGACGCUCAUGUCGAAUACCGCUUCCUGUUUGGGCCGGCAUAUGACGACGCCGAAGUGCGGACGAUGCGGGAGCGCUAUCUCAACGCAGCCGCCUUCGAUGCCGCCCGCCGCGACUAUGCCGCCUACAUCGACAAGGGCAAUGGUUGUCUACAGAUAUCCACACCAGACCCCGCGCUGGACAACUUUGUCAACAACUGGCUCGCCCGCCAGGUCUACUACCACGGCGACGUCAACCGCCUGACCACGGACCCGCAGACGCGCAACUACCUGCAAGACAACAUGGGCAUGUCGUACAUCAAGCCCGCCGUCGCACGCGCCGCCUUUCUCAAGGCCCUGUCCCAGCAGGAGAAGAGCGGCGCUAUGCCGGACGGCAUCCUGCUCACCGAGGGCGCCGAGCUCAAGUAUAUCAAUCAGGUCCCGCACACGGAUCACUGCGUCUGGCUGCCCGUGACCCUCGAGGCCUACCUGGCCGAGACGGCUGACUACACGCUACUAGAAGAGGCCGUCCCGGGCUCGGAUGGACAGACCCUGACUGCUUUUGAGCGCUUCUCCCGCGCCAUGGACUGGCUGCUUUCGGAACGCGCCCGGGACGCGCGCGGUCUUAGCUACAUCGCCCAAGGCGACUGGUGCGACCCCAUGAACAUGGUCGGCUACAAGGGAGUCGGUGUCUCCGGCUGGCUGACGGUCGCGACAGCGUUCGCGCUCAAUAUCUGGGCCGACGUGUGCGAGCGGCGUGGGGAGGAGACGCUGGCGGCGAAGUACCGCGCCGGCGCCGGCGACGUUAACGCCGCCGCCAACAAGUACUUCUGGUCGACCGACGGCGGCUGGUUCGCGCGCGGCAUCACCGACGACGGCGUCACCUUUGGCGUGCCGGCCGACGCGCAGGGCCGGCUGUGGCUCAACCCGCAGAGCUUCGCGAUCCUGGGCGGCGCCGUCACGGACGCGGCCAAGAUCGAGGGCAUCCUGGCGCAGGUCGACGAGCAGCUCGCGACGCCCUACGGCGUGCAGAUGUUCGCGCCGGCCUUUACGGCCAUGCGCGAGGACGUCGGGCGCGUGACGCAGAAGGCGCCCGGCUCGGCCGAGAACGCGGCCGUAUACAACCACGCGGCCAUCUUCUACGCGCACGCGCUCUACUCGCUCGGCGGCGCCCAGGCGGCGCGCGCCUACGAUGCGCUGCGCUGCAUGGUGCCCGGCCCGGACCCGGACGACCUCGUCCGCCGCGGCCAGCUGCCCGUCUACAUACCCAACUACUACCGCGGCGCCUGGCGCGAGUUCCCCCGCACCGCGGGCCGGUCGUCGCAGCUCUUCAACACGGGCACCAUCAGCUGGGUCUACCGCUGCCUGGUCGAGGGGCUCUGCGGCCUGCGCGGCGACGCGGAUGGCGGCCUCCGCGUCAGCCCGCAGAUGCCGCCGGCGUGGGACGGCAUGCGCGCCACGCGGCUGUUCCGCGGCGCCACGUUCGAGGUCAGGGUCGAGAGGUCUGCGGAUGUCGACGGGACGAGGGUCAAGUACGAGGGGGGCUCGGAGUGGCUGCCCGAGUCUCGGAUCCCGGGUGGGGAGAUUGAAGCCGGGAAGGAGUAUCGUCUGUAUGUCGCUGUGCCAAAAUAG